AUGACCAAGAUCUUCCUGACUGGCGCCACUGGCUACAUCGGUGGUGAUGGCCUCCACACGCUGGUGAAGGCGCAUCCCGAGUACGAAAUUACCGCGCUUGUUCGAAACAAGGAGAAGGGUGACCUGGUCGCUAGCCAGUAUCCCUCGGUUAAGCUAGUCUACGGUGAUCUAGACGACUUUGAACUGCUUGCCGAGCAAGUCUCCAAGGCGGACAUUACCUGCCACUGGGCCAGUUGCGAGCACGAGGCCGCCGCCAAGGCUAUAGCUGAGGGAAUUUCACGCAAGGCCAAGGAUGAUGCAGGAUUUGUCAUUCACUUAUCUGGAGCCGACAUUAUCUGCUACCCUGACUUAAACGAUGAGACUUAUGGUAUCAAGAGGGACCAGGUGUUUGACGACUGGGAUGGCAUUGGCGAGGUCACCUCGCCUCCUGAGAACGCACCUCACAAAGAAGUUGACCUCGCUAUUCUUGGUAUCAGUGGGAAAAAUGCCAUUGUCUGCCCCCCAACCAUCUACGGUCCAGGCCGGGGCCCUGGUAAUCAGAGGAGCAUCCAGGUUCCUGAGCUAGCGUUGCAUAGCUUGAAGAGGGGUGCUGCUAUCACUGUGAAAGAAGGCGAGAAUAUUUGGAACUCUGUUCAUGUGCACGACUUAUCCAAGUUGUGGCUGAAGCUCGUCGAGGCCGCUGCCCAGGGUGGAGGCAAGGCUGAUUGGGGUUCAAAUGGAUACUACUUUGUUGAGAACGGAGACUUUAGCUGGAAAGCCAUUGCAGAGAAGAUUGCUAAAGAGGCAAAAGCUCAAGGUCUUUGGGAGGAUGAGAAGGUGGAGAGUUUAAGCGUUGAGGAUGCCGACAAGGUGUGGUCUUAUGCUUCUUUCUUUUGGGGAACCAACUCUCGCAGCCGAGCUAUCAGGGCCCGCAAGAUCUUGGAUUGGGAGCCUGUGGAGAAGGAUAUCUUUGAUGAUGUAGUUGCAGUUGUCAAGGCGGAGGCUGCUUCUUUGAAGCUGGCUGAGUAG